AUGGAAGAUAUGGAAGAUAACCUAGUAAAAAAGGCUGAUCACUACUCCUUCAGCGAACUGCAAACUCAUAGUUAUAAUUAUGCUUCCAAUAAAAACAAACUAUAUAAUUUAUUUCCUGAUGAACCAACAACUAUACUAACAACUACACCAACAACUACACCAAUAACUACACCAACGAGUACACCAACAACUAUACCAACAACUACACCAACAACUACACCAACAAUUAUACCAACACCUACGCCUACAAUUUCACCAACAACUAUACCAACAACUACACCAACAACUAUACUAACACCUACGCCAACAAUUAUACCAACAACUACACCAGCAACUACACCAACAACUGUAUCAACAACUAAACCAAUUGCUACACCAACAACUACACCAACAAAUAUAUCAGCAACUGUGUCAGCAACUAUACCAACAACUGCACCAACAACUAUACCAACAACUAUACCAACAACUAACAUAUAG